UUUGGCGUAGUUAAUGAGACAGUAGAUAAGGCGCCACAUGUAACUGAGGACGAAUUAUAUGAAGAGUGGGGAAACGAUGAUGACGACCAACAGGCAGAGUCAAUCAUAGGACGUGUCCACGAGUUUGUCAACAAUGCUGUCAACAAAUUUUGUUUGCUUAUUAUUUACCCAAAGUAUGUAGGACGCACAGAGAGAGCGACAGGUCUACAGACAGACAAUGGAAGAGGCUCGGGAGGAAAUGAGGCACACAUCAGUCACAGUCAAUCGACCUGCCCAGCCAUGCACUAGUGAUUUAACAAAAGUGCACUAUACAUUUGACUAUUCUCAAAAUGUGACAAUACCACACCAUAGUCAACAAAUGGGCCCUUUGUAUUUUGUGACUGGCAGGAAAAUACAAAUUUUUGGCGUCCGUGUUGAUUCUGUGUCACAACAACAUAAUUACCUAAUAGACGAGGAUGAAUCGAUUGGUGUUGAUGGUACAGGGACGCACGGGCCAAACUCAGUUAUAAGUAUGCUACACCACUGCCUCGAAAACCAGGGAUUUUGAGAAAAAGCUUGCAUCAUGCACGCC